AUGGUGUCUUCAAUUCAGACAUUGGAUAAUCGUUUGGUCGGACAUCGAGUGGACUCACGAGUGGACACAUCGGCCGUCAAAAUGAGUGGCGAAACUGUGGGCAUAAUAUAUCCGCCGCCAGAACUUCGAAAUAUCGUCGAUAAGACGGCGAGUUUUGUGGCCAGAAAUGGCCCGGAGUUUGAGUCGCGGAUCCAACAGAACGAACAAAACAAUCCGAAAUUCAAUUUCUUGAAAGCCGGCGAUCCUUACAAUGCAUACUAUCAGCACAAAUGCAAAGACUUCAGGGAUGGCAACAAAGCGGGCACUGAUAUC